CGUUUCCAAAGAACGAUGGCAGCAACAUCGCCGCAAAACUUGAUGCAUCGACCUAUCCAUGAACUUUUGAGUCUAUGGACCUUUUCAGGCUUAUCAAGGCUUUUAAAAUAUUGCAUCGCUUUAUUUAUAAUUACAAGGGUUGUGAGAUCGAAAGCGACGUCGAUAGUUGUUCCAGCGUUUUCGAUACGUGAUCCAAAUCUAAUGCUUUGUGCCAAAAUAUUGCAAAGAAAUUGCAACCCAUCCGUCAGUUUCAUUUUGAGGGCUGAGUAUUCUCGACGUAGUCAAAAAAAUUCAAGUUCGUACAAGGUCGUCAAGUCCAACAAUGAACCGCUGGAAGAUGUGGAAAACACUGUUUUCGGUGCAAAUCCAAACUGGGAAUUGUUGGCGCCUAGGGGGUUCCGUUUUUAUCUACCAGGAAGUGUUGGUCCUGGCUGGCUAGAUGCGUCCACCACGGCCCAGGUGGAAACCCGAUCGAUAGUUUUGGAUGAUGAGAACAGUAUCGAAAACCUAAUGCAAGCAACAAACUCUAGACCACAAAGCCAGAACUUAGAAAAACCUGUAAAUCGCCAGCCUGAUGUGGAGUUAUUAGACGCUAGUCGAGCUGUCUUGCAUUGUACAGUGCAGAAAUGCCCGAUAUUAUUGCGAAAAGGUAUAACGGAAUUGUUUCCGGGAUGUAUGGAAGUAAAUUCUCCACAACUGACGAUAGUUACAAUCAGUCAGAAACCAAAUGCUAAAACUAUGAAGUGGAGUAAAGAAAUUGAAACUGAAAAAUUAGCUAAAUACUUUCUUUUAGCAGCGUCAGAUAUCUGUACCAAACUCAAAAUGGUAGGAUACUGGGCUGAUUUUAUCAAUCCAUUCAGUGGACAGCCGUACUUGAACCCUCACAAAAGUGGAACCCUCUACGAGACAGAUGAGCGUUUUCGAUGCCUGGGGUUCAAAAUUGCGCAAAAGAAUUCGUGUAAGGUCAUCUCAAUCGAUAGCGACCAAACAAACUUUGUAGGAAGUCUUUAUACUACCGCACCUCCCAGUACUGAGUUUUUGCAGGAAAUCGUGAAUGAUCUGAACGAACAAUGAUGUGUUUCACAUUAUAUCACUUGGCAUUGUCAACCCAAUUUUGCCAAUUAGUCACCGAAUCGAAGAAAUCCCGAUUUGCUUAUCCCGGUGCUUAGCGUUGAAUGAUCUCGUAUUUUCCUGAUCAUAGAAUUUUUUUGUGUUAUUACCAAUUGAAAUGUAAUACAAAAAUUAUCAACAUUCAAGGGAACUUCUGUGAUCACUGUACCUUGUGUUAGAUGAAUUUCAGAAUAGAUACUAAUAUCUGACUGUAAAGUUCGAAAAUUUAUUUUAAUACUGACCUUGACCAUAAUCAGAAAUGAGUUAUCUAUGAGUACUCUCAAACAUUGUUGAGAAAACGUACUCUUGUUUAUCAAAUAAACAUUAGUUCAAUUGAAAUGUUCGUGUAUAGAAUACAUGAGAGAGUCAAGCAGAGGAAUAUAUAGUAUGUAAACAAAUUUCCAAAUAUAUUGGCACGUGCGCGUGCGUCAAAGAUCAAA